UGGCGCAUGUAGCCAAUCGACCUGAAGGAUUUUUGAACGUCAUCAGGGGCCUUCAACCAAUCAUUUUGUUUAAACAGAAGGAGUGGGAAGUUUUGUAUUUGACUACAGUAAACGGCGGUGAUAUCCACAGAAAUGAUGGAUGCAUUAUCAGUAGUCACACAGCUGCGGGACCUGGCAUCUGAACCACAGAAUCGGGAGGUGAUUGUUCAGGACCAAGGUUGCCUUCCAGGGCUAGUGCUGUUCCUAGACCACAAAGACCCGAAAGUGCUCUUUGCCACCCUCCAGACUUUGCGGUACCUGGCUGAAUCUCCCCGCAACAUCAACACCAUGAAAAACGAGCUUGGCAUGAUGGUGAGCCUGGAGACACUGAUAGAGAGGACUGGUGUGACGAUUGAUAUUACAGACCUUGCAAAAGAGGUGUAUGGUGUGUUGAGUUCUCAAGCACAGAGACCGGCUUCUCAGAGUCCAGAGCAACAGAAGAGGAGAAACAAACCCCAGUUCUUCAUCAACAGCUCCAACAAGAAAGCAAAAUCAGUUACCCUCCAUAUAAAAGGCUUGGAUGGGGCAGAUCAGAGAGGUGUGUGUGAGGACGCCCUUUUGAGAGUCAAAGGAGUAAUCAGCUUCACCUUCCAGAUGGCUCUAAAGAGAUGCACUGUACGCAUCCGGGCCGACCUGCCCACUGAGAGUCUGGCCACUGCUAUUGCUGCCACAAAAGUGCUUUCAGCUAAGCAAGUCUUGAAAAAUGAAAAUGGAGAAGAGGUUCUCAUUCCAAUCAGCACCUCUGGCUCAAAGGUAGAAGAGAAUUGCCACCUGCCUGAUUAUCUGCCAGAGGAAGAGAGUCCGGAGAAAGAGCUAGACCGUGCAGUGUCACGUACUGGUGCUAAACAAGACACCAGUGGCAGCUGGCUGAACACAGCAGCCAGUUUCCUCACUAAAACCUUCUAUUGGUAAAGUCUUAAGUUUCACAGACUUUUCCUGGCUGAGUUUGGAGCUCAACAUUUUUAAGACCGUUCAGCUUAGAAGAACAAGUUGCACCACUGCUGGAGUAUAAAGCACAAAUUGAAGGUCAGGAACUGACAAAUGUGCUUUAUCAAGCUGUUCAAUUGAGCAAAUGUGUGAGAUCUCCAUCACGUCACAACUCUGUAUUGAUAUAUGGAUAGAUGUUGAGUUCAUGUUGUAAAUGUAUAUAUGUUAUAUGUCUUUCCUCCCUCUCAGUAUCCAAAAUUUGUCUGUUGUAUCAUCUUUCUUUCUGAUUUCUUGUAAAUAUUUUCAUUUUGGUGUCAAUGGAAUCCGCUGAAAGACAAAUUAAAUGUUUAAUGCUGUUUCGUGUAAAAUAAAAGUCUGGACGACA